AUGCUUCUCCUUCAAAACUCUCUUCUUCCCGUCUGGUCUCAAACACUGAGAUUGGAAACAGAGAUGAACCCUCAACCGUCGAUUAAUCCAAAUCGACGGUUUUCCAUAUCGAUCCGCGUAUUCUUCACGCCGACCAUGGUUUUUCAGUCAUCACAGCUUAGAUGGUUUGCUCUUUGCUCCCCUCAUCUCAACCGUCUGUUCAAUUUGGCGGUUCAUCGGAUUAAUCGAAAUCGACGGUUUUCCAGAUCGAUCCGCGUAUUCUUCACGCCGACCAUGGUUUUUCAGUCACCACAGCUUAGAUGGUUUGGUCUUUGCUCCCCUCAUCUCAACCGUCCGUUCAAGUUCGGCGGUUCAUCGGAUUAA